UCGAUCUUUAGAUGGGCGCCAAAUUGUUUUCACCAAAUUCUCUCUACCAAAAGAAUGUGUCCACCAUAUUCUGCGGGAACUUCAAUGGAAAAAAAACUUCCAACAUUUCUCCCUCCUCCUAAAAAUAGCAUAAACAUAUUUCUAGGUUUUCCCUUUUUAGACAGCCUAAUUAGCUAUCUAUCUAUAUCAAAAAAAAAAAUCUGUAAAGGAAAAUACGAUUGCCUAAACCAGAAUUUGUAGAUUAUAGAAUUGUACUCGUUGGAUAUUUAGAAAUUAAAAAAAAAGAAGAAGAAAACAUGGGUUGUUUUUCAUGUUUUUCAUCACAAGAAAAGAAGGCAUUCAAAAGAAUACAUAGCAAAAGUAAAGAAACAUCUGAUGUUGUUCGUCAAAGAGAAACUCUCUUGCAUCAACAACAACAACGUCCACAUUCACUAUCGAGGUCAAAGCCACAGCAGGACCACCGUUCUCAUUCACAACCUCUAUCUGAAAAUACUAGAAAAGUGCCAGCAGAAACCCCACACCAAAAGUCUUCUAACAAAGGCAAAGGCCAGAACAUUGCAGCUCAAACAUUCACCUUCAGGGAACUAGCAACAGCUACGAAGAACUUCCGAUCAGAAUGUCUGAUAGGAGAAGGUGGAUUUGGACGUGUUUACAAGGGCCACCUUAACAAAACUGGACAGACUGUAGCAGUGAAACAGCUUGACCGCAAUGGAUUGCAAGGAAACCGAGAAUUUCUUGUGGAGGUGUUGAUGUUGAGCCUUCUGCACCAUUCAAAUCUCGUAAAUCUAAUUGGCAAUUGUGCUGAUGGAGAUCAAAGACUUCUUGUUUAUGAGUACAUGUCAUUGGGAUCUUUGGAGGAUCAUCUGCUUGAUCUUGAACGAGAUAAACUUCCACUAGAUUGGUUCACAAGGAUGAAAAUAGCAUUACAUGCUGCAAAAGGACUCGAAUAUUUACAUCAUAGAGCCAAUCCACCGGUCAUUUACCGUGACUUGAAGUCCUCCAACAUCCUGCUGGAUAAGGAACAUAAUGCAAAACUGUCAGAUUUCGGGUUAGCCAAGGUUGGACCUACAGGGGAAAACACCCAUGUAUCAUCAAGAGUCAUGGGAACGUACGGUUAUUGUGCUCCUGAGUACCAACAAACUGGCAAGCUGACUAUCAAGUCUGAUGUCUAUAGCUUUGGUGUAGUUUUAUUGGAGCUAAUUACGGGUAGAAGAGCAGUUGAUAUCACAAGAUUUGGGCAUCAGCAGAAUUUAGUUACCUGGGCUGAACCCAUAUUCAAAGACACGAAGAGACACAUUGAACUGGCUGAUCCACUCCUCGGAGCGAAUUUCCCAAGGAAAAGUUUCAGUCAAGCUGUUGCUAUUGCGUCUAUGUGUCUGCAAGAUGAUCCAGUAGUACGUCCUCUAAUUAGUGAUGUGGUGACUGCACUCAGUACCCUUUCAACACCUGAAACAGAAUUGGUUUCACCAUUCGCUUCUCCAACUCGAGCACCAUCCCCAAUGCAUAUGUCAACUGAAGAAAACAUAAUAUCUACAAGAGAGUGCCAAGACGAAGUUGCAGAAGCCAUAGAAUGGGGUUCAAAUUCAAGAAAACAGAAUGCAAGAUCACUAGCAUCUUGUGGUUCUUCAGUGUGACAUCCACAUUUCGGUUAGUCACUCCAUAAUAGAAUUAGGUAAACAAAGAUGAUCAUGUUGCUUCAGCCAUCCACAGAUGCUGUUAAGUGAUCAUCUAGUAGUACCACAGAUGCUGUAACAGCCACUUUAGCAGGGAAUACAAAGAAAUGAUAUAUACUAGCUCGCAGAAUGAAGAAUCGACAUGUCCUUACUUAAUACGAUUUAAGUUGUAUACAUUGACAGUGUAGAUUCUUUUACUGCGAUCAGAGUAAUAUCUAUUUGUGUAGUGCUUUAAUUCGACAAUAUAAAUACGACUCACGUGACAAUAAAGAGUACAAUGUACUCCCUCCGUCCAUUUUUUA